UACUUAAAAAUUAUUUAAAAAAUAGGGUGCCUAAAGCUUACACUGCAAAAAGUUUGUGGAAACCCAAUCACACUCAUAUGUGCUUGUUGAACAUUCCAUUCCCCUUUUACUGUAACAAUAACCUCCACUCUUCUGGGAAGGCUUUCCACUAGAUUUUGGAGCGUGGCUGUGGGGAUUUGUGAUCAUUCAGCUACAAGAGCAUUAGUGACGACAGGUACUGAUGUGUGAGGAGGUCUGGGGUGCAGUCAAUGUUCCAGUUCAUCCCAAAGGUGUUCAGUGAGGUUGAGGUCAGGACACUAGAGUUCUUUCACUCCACCCUUGGCAAACCAUGUUUUCAUGGAGCUGGCUUUGUGCACAGGAUCAUAGUCAUGCUGGAACAUGUUUGGGCCUCUUAGUUCCAGUGAAGGGAACUUGUUAUACAAAGACAUCCUGCACAAUUGUUUACUUCCAACUUUGUAGCAGCAGUUUGAGAAAGAAUCACAUAUGGGUGUGAUGGUCAAGUGUCCACAUAGAUUUGGUCAUAAAAUGUAUAUAUGAUACUAGAAAUACUGUAUGUGAAUCCUUUCAGAAUUAUAUAGCACUGAUUUUGUUUAUUUAAUUACUGUCAUUAUAUAUUUAAGUGACUACAAAAGUGUGAGGGCAAACGUUUACAUCUCCAAUUGUUUAUGGAUUGGGGUAUUUUUUUUGUUUUGUUUUGUUUUUAAAGGAAAAGGAAAAAAGCGCGUUCGCGUGAGCCGUCACUCCCAAAACGUGCUCGUUCCUGCUUGCUUGCGUGAUGACGUCACAUGUCAGCUUUUUCCGCUUUCCAUAAUUGGUAACUGACGGACGGUAAAGAUGGCGACCAAGCCGCUCGUGUGUUUAACUACUAAGGAAAGAUGACGGUCACACGCAUAGGAACGUACUUUACAGCUGCGUCAUUGUCGGUGUACAGUUAGGAGACUUUAGGACUAACACUUGGGCAGCUUGUUGACUUGUUAGGAAGCCAUUUUGUCCGCGGCUGUAGCGCUCCUUCUUCCCGAUGGAGGAUAUCAACUCGAACAUCAACGCGGACUUGGAGGUGCGGAAGCUUCAGGACUUGGUCAAGAAGCUCGAGCAGCAAAACGAGCAGCUGCGUAGUCGCUCCGCGCUGCUGUCUUCGACCGGGGGCUUAGCGGGCAAUGCCAGACCGCUGAGCGCCGGCUACGACUCGGGGCUGUCAGCGGGAGCGGUGGCUGCAGGGCUGGCGGGCUUCACCGGGGCGGGGUUCGGCGGCAUGCGGGGCUUCGUCGGAGCGGCGCCGCUGGAGAACUCGCGCUGUUUGAGCCCCAGGCGCUCGUACCAUGGCUCGUACGGCUCGGCUUAUGACUGCGACGGCUCUCCCGCUGCCACAAACACCGGAAGUAGCCCGUAUUACCACCGCGAGUCUCUGGAGUACAACGAGGACCGAGAGUCCUCAGUGUUGGACGAGGUGGAGAUCCUGGAUCUCGAGGACAUGGACUGUCUGAACGAGGACGAAGACAGCUGGUUGUAUGAGGCAAAGCUGAACAGCCCUCUCCAGAAAGCACUCAGUCCUAUCGUGUGGUGUAGACAAGCCCUGGACAACCCCAGCCCUGACAUGGAGUCAGCCAAACGCUCCCUUCUCCACAGACUCGACCUCACCAUGACCGCGAAUAAGAGGCGGAGUCUGUACGGCAGUACCUACAGCCCUCAGAUGGCCUACGGAAGCUCAUGCAGUCCAAACGCAGCCAACAGCCCGUACAGCAGUGGCUUCAACUCGCCUUCCUCCACUCCCUCCAGAGUGCCUAUCGUCAAGCAGCUGGUACUGCCUAGUAGCACAGGUCAUCAGCGUGGCUCGGUGGACAGAAACCCCCCCGCGGUAAGCCCUCAGUCAUCAGUGGACAGUGAGCUGAGUACUUCUGAGAUGGACGAGGACUCUGUAGGAUCUUCUACCACCUACAAGCUCAAUGAUGUCACCGAUGUGCAGAUUCUCGCCCGCAUGCAGGAGGAGAGCCUACGUCAGGAUUACGCUGCCACAGCGUCACGUCGCAGCUCAGGCUCGUCAUGCCAGUCCCUGAGGCGUGGCACGCUCAGCGAUCAGGAGCUGGACGCACAGAGUCUGGAGGAUGACGAGGAGGCAGCAAUGCCCAUGGCCUACCACCACCCACCCAUCACACGCUUUAGCCCCUCGCCUCGCGUCUCACCCCGUGUCUCACCUCGCCACUCUCCACGCUCGCGUUCACCCACCCGUGCCUCGCCACAGCCGGUCAUGAGCCGCCUGCAGCAGCCCCGUCUCUCACUGCAGGGCCAUGCCCAUGAAAUCCACACAAACUCCAUCAAGAACGAAGAGAAAUUACGGCGCAGUCUUCCAAACCUAACACGUUCCAGCUCCGGCCCUGCAGCCGAACCUGUCAAAAACAGCCGCAGCUGUGAGUCCAACCUGCAAGUGCCAAACGGAUCCCCACGACACCAGAGCCAGUCAACCACAGCGCAGCACCAAAGGCUCUCCGGGCCGGCGCGCGCCUCCCCGAAACCCAAAGAGCGGCUGCAGAGCCCCACGUCUCUACGAGUUCCCCCUAGCAGUAAGUUGCGCACGCCGGCAGCACCAUCACCUCUCGCCCUACGGCAGCCCAUGAAGGUGAUGUCUAAUCCUGGUUCAGUCACUACCACGCCCACUCGCUCUCUGGCCCCGCCCCGUAGUGCUCUGCCUCGCCCCAGCGGCCCUGCUGCCGGGGGUCUUCCUGUGCCUCGCAGCAAACUGGCCCAGCCUGUGCGCAGGUCUCUGCCAGUUCCUCGCACCUACAGUGGUAUCAGGGAUGAGAGCUGGAGAGAGGGCUGCUACUGAGAAGCCUGCAGCACAGAGACGGACUGUCCGACCUGGCACUUUACCGAGCAACACGAACGAGCAAGAGUUCCACUCGUACUAUCCCCAUACAAUCAGCGCUGAAAGGAAAUUCUCACAUCAGUGAGGAUACGCAUAUCAUGGCUGGCUGGAAAACAGUGAAUGCCAAAGAACCUGACUGAGAUGUACACAUUCUACCACAGGGCUGCGCUCACACCCCAACUGAACAGCUCCUCCAGAGAGAACAGAUCAAACCCAUCUCUCUCUAAUAAACUAGUAAACACUUUGUCACGCUCUGCUUCUGCGCCCUGUGAAGGAAGGAGACCCUCGACUAUCGCGACACGCAUAUUUUAUUUUCCCUGUAACGGGCCUGUUGCAAUCUUGGCAGGGUGGAAUAUUACGUGAAACUAUUCUAAUGGUAUUUCACCACGUGUAGCUUGAUGGCCAUAGCUUAAAAAAAGAAAAGAAAAAAGAAAAAAAAGUGGCUGUAUGGUGAUCAAACCCCUUAGUGUCUUUCAGCAGGAAUGUCUUGUCAUUUUUAUGUGACAAUUAUUUAUUUAGAAAUCAUUAUGUAAAAGAAAUUAUUUACAGAAUAUAUUCCGACUCAGUAUUUGCUUUUGUUUGGUUUUUGCAUUUUUAGUUAUGAAUGUUAAUGUUAAACCUCAACUAUAAAGCUACGUUUCCAAAGGUGUUUUUUUUUUUUUUUUUUUUUUUUUUGACGGAUCCAUGACAAAUCGGCUCUGUACGUUUUAAAAGGUUUGGGUUCACUGGGUUUUAUUUAACAACGAUGAGAUACACCAAGGUUGACAUUUUAAUAGUUUUUGAAUUGUAACCUUGUAGAAUCAUGGACUGGAGGAUCAUGGGUAUUACUGUAUGUCCUAGUGGGUACUUUGUGUCAUUUCCCAAUUUGUGAUUGUCCCAAAUUUGGCAGUCAAAUUAUUGUAACCCAUUCGAUGUCAAACAUUAAAUGUUACGGGAAGAAAAGCAUAUUACAAACUGAUAGACGGUGAGUCUAUCUGUCUGUC